GGAGGAGGAGAGAAUGAACGAACCUGCCGACGUCCCAAUAUGGACAAUGAAGAUAAAGGAGGGGCCGAUCUCAGCCAGCGUGGGGAAGAGGAAGACAAACUAGAGGAGGCAAAUGAAGAAGAAGAAGAAGAAGAAGAAGGGGGAGAUGAUAAAGAAGAAGAGCAUGCUGGCAAAGAGGAAGGAGAGGGAGGGGGAGAGGGAGAGGGAGAGGGAGUCGGAGAGGAAGGGGAAGGGGAAGGAGGAGGAGGAGAAGGGGAAAGUGGAGAGGAGGGGGAAGAAAGAGGAGGGGAAGAUGGACAAGAAGGGGGAGGGGGAGGGGGAGGAGCAUGAGAAGAUGGAAAAGAGGAAGGAGGAGGAGGAGGGGGAGGAGCAUGAGAAGAUGGAAAAGAGGAAGGGGGAGGAGGAAGGGGAGAGGGCGAAGGAGAAGGGAAGGAAAGGGAAGGAGAAGGUGGAAGAGGAUGAUGCACAGACCAGCCAAGCAUACGGCGAAACCAUUGUGUAAGACGAGUUACAUGUAUGGGGUGUCGGCGCUGGCGAGCACAAGUGUAACAAGUC